AUGUCUAAUCCAGUCCUGUCUUUCUUUAAGACUGCUCCAAUACCUCACGGGUUAGACAGGAUACCAGAUAUACAGGGAUACCUUGUGAUCAACUCUGAUGGAGCAGUGCUCGCUGUGAGUGUUUGGCUGAGAAAUCAAACAUUUGAUAUACAGUACAUUGGAACCCUUUCCUAUGACCACCUGGGUUAUAUACUUAACAAAUAAAUACCAAUAAUUGUUGCCGUGUGCCUGUUCAUUAGUAGAUCACAGAUGACAUUGAAAUGUGGUAAAAACAAGAGUGGCACAAGAUUUGCAGAUGAGUGUGUCACAAGGGAGCUGAAGCAAAGAUGAUGACAACAGCAGUGAAAACGUCAAUAAAAAUUAAUUAACAUCCUUUCAAACUCUAUUGCAUCUAUUUGGAUCUGCCCAGUAUGUCAAAUGUAGGCGACUUUUCCUAGAGUUUUAAAUCUUAAGGGCUCUAUCCAGGUUCAAAACAAGAAAGGAAAAUUGGCUAUUUGCAUGUUCACAUCCUCCAUGAAACCUCACAUUAGUAGGCUUUACGUGAAAGUUGCGCAAUGAAUGUCAAAGAAUGUACUAAAAAGUGUCAUGUACAUGCAGAGCUGUUGUUUUGUGGAAAAACCAUUGUUUUUUGAUGUUGUGGUUGUUGAAGCUCCCUACUGAUGUUUUAGCACAUUUUGACAUCUUCUGUGAUCUAUUACCUAACAUACCCACAGCAACAUGGAAUCCCUUUUAUACAAUGAACAAGAAAGAAAAAACUUUUCUUGGGUGUCAUCCAUUUUCCGUACUCUAAAGCCUGGUUUCCAUGUGAUCGUCCCGAUCGCCCCAGUCAUUCCAAAAUAUUUCGAGACGAUCCGGACGACUGGGGUAAUUGGUAGUUUCCAUAUGAUCGUCCCUAUCGCCUCAAAGGCAAGAGGGGCGGGGUCGUCGGCGAUGUCUCUGGGUCAGACAAUAGAAUUUUUGUGCAUGUUUUGCAAACAAGCCACAUAAAUGGAUGAUUUUUAUUCGUAAAGCGAACCUCGCACCUUGGUAUCUGCUUUUUCUCUUGAUUUUCCAGCAUUGACAAGCUAGAAUAGUUCCCCGAAGACAUAGCAUCUCUACGAAAACUUUCUUUAAUUUCAAAUAACCCCAUACGCGCUGCGAACAUUUGUGUAUUAUUUUUUCGGCUUCAGCGCCAUGCGGGCCGAAUUUAUUCUCGAUUACUGGAAUAAAAGUGAUGACUUCUGGCAUGGCCUUCGAUCAUCCCGAUCGUGUCAGUCGUCUGAGAGCGUUUCUAUAUGAUCGCUUCAAAAUUUACAUGAUCGUCCUGAUCGUCCGGAUAGAACUCAACUCUUUCCAAGCAAUCGAGGUCGUCUCAGUCGUCCGGGUCGUUUGCGAUCGUCUGAACAUUUUUUGAGACCACUAGUACGAUUGGGACGAUCCGGAUGAUCAUAUGGAAACCAGGCUUAAUAGAUCAUGGGCAAGGGUCAAUUAAAGCACCUGUAAUAUUCACCACAUUGUAUUAAACAAUGUACAUUAAUUUGAACCUCAAACAAAAAAUCAUAGGGACCCGCUGCCCAAUCUUGAAGGGGAAAUGAGUAUGCUCUACAAUUCCUUGACUUUUGUUUCAAUAAUAUUAUUAUGGUCUCUUCAGUCCUCUGGUGACCUUGAAAACAAUGAGAAUAUAGCAGAAGUGAUAACAAAGAUGCUUCAAACAGCCGCCAAAGUUCCCAUAUCAGGCGACAGGACACAGACAUUCAAGAGAAUGUCAGGUGGGUUGUUGAUUGUGCUGGGGCUAUUUUAUCUCGCCACCUUAUUGUUGAGUUAA